AUGGUGGCGCGGCCCGGGCGGCGGCGGCGACCGACGCGGGGCGGCUGGGGGCGGCGGGCGGGGGCGCGGGGGCUGCGGCGGGCGGCUCACUCUCGGAGGCCCGGGGCGCGCGGAGCGACCGAGCGGAGACGACCAACGGGGACCAUGGGCCGAGAGCGGCUUGCGGCGCCGGGCCCUGCCCUACGGAGGUGGCUGCUGCUGGGGACCGUGACCAUGGGGCUGCUGUGGCAGAGUGCCUUGGCGAACAAGAAACUGGAUGUCCCGUGUGGCGGGCGAGACUGCAGCGGCGGCUGCCAGUGCUACCCCGAGAAAGGAGGCCGGGGCCAGCCCGGGCCUGUGGGCCCCCAGGGCUAUACUGGACCCCCCGGCCUCCAGGGCUUCGCAGGACUGCAGGGCCGCAAGGGCGACAAAGGCGAGAGGGGUGCCCCUGGAAUAACCGGACCCAAAGGAGAUGUGGGAGCGAGAGGCGUCUCUGGAUUUCCUGGCGCUGACGGAAUUCCUGGACACCCAGGGCAAGGUGGGCCCCGGGGCAGACCUGGCUAUGACGGCUGCAACGGGACCAGGGGUGACGCCGGCCUGCAGGGCCCCCCAGGCUCCGAUGGCUUCCCCGGCUCUCCUGGACCCCAAGGACCAAAGGGACAGAAAGGAGAACCAUACACACUGCCUGAAGAAGAACGUGGCAGAUACAGAGGUGAAACCGGAGAGCCUGGGCUGGUCGGCAUCCAGGGACCUCCUGGUCGCCCCGGGCCUAUGGGACCCAUGGGUCCAGUUGGUGCUGCAGGACGACCGGGCCCCCCUGGACCCCCAGGACCUAAGGGACAACCGGGCAACCGAGGGCUCGGCUUCUAUGGAGAGAAGGGGGAAAAGGGUGAUGUAGGACAGCCUGGGCCCAACGGCAUUCCUUCUGAGACGAUUCCAUUGAUCAGACCUACCGGGAUCACCAUCCACCCUGACCAGUACAAGGGUGAAAAAGGCAGCGAGGGGGAGCCUGGAGUACGGGGCAUUUCCUUGAAGGGAGAAGAAGGAAUUAUGGGCUUCUCGGGAGCGCGGGGCGCCCCCGGCCUGGACGGGGAGAAAGGAUCCCCGGGACAGAAGGGGAGCAGAGGCCUGGACGGCUACCAAGGCCCUGACGGACCCCGGGGACCCAAGGGGCAGCCAGGGGACCCGGGACCUCCAGGACCCCCGGCCUACUCCCCUCAUCCUUCGCUAGCCAAAGGUGCCAGAGGAGAUCCAGGAUUCCCAGGGGCACACGGGGAGCCAGGAAGCCGAGGAGAGCCAGGGGAUCCCGGCCCACCAGGCCCCCCAGGCCGGCCCGCCAGAGGUGAAGAUGAAUUGCGAGGCCUUCCUGGUGAGAUGGGACCUAAGGGCUUCAUAGGAGAGCCAGGCAUCCCGGCAAGCUUCAGUGGCCCACCGGGAGCUGAUGGAAGACCAGGUCUCCCAGGAGCACCCGGGCCUCCAGGCCCCCCUGGACCAGAUGGCUUCCUGUUUGGCCUGAAAGGCACCGAAGGACGUGUGGGCUACCCUGGGCCAUCCGGAUUUCCCGGAGCUCGAGGACAUAAGGGAUGGAAAGGUGAAGCCGGGGACUGCAAGUGCCUGGAAGGUGACCAGUAUGUCGGGGGCCUCCCGGGACUGCCAGGACCCAAGGGAUUCCCAGGCUUCAACGGAGAGCCAGGCAGGAAGGGUGACCAAGGUGACCCGGGUCAGCACGGCAUCCCAGGGUUCCUGGGGCUCAAGGGAACCCCUGGCCUCCCCGGAGUUCCGGGACCCAAAGGAGCCAAGGGAGAUUCGAGAACAGUCAGCACCAAAGGUGAGCGAGGACAACCAGGAGUCCCAGGUGUGCCUGGGAUGAAAGGCGACGACGGUGUCCCCGGGCGCGACGGGCUGGAUGGAUUCCCUGGGCUCCCCGGCCCGCCUGGCGAUGGCAUCAGAGGCCCCACAGGAGACCCAGGUUACCCAGGCAUCCCUGGCACCAAGGGCAGCCCUGGAGACAGGGGCCUCCCAGGACUCGGCCUGCCCGGCCCCAAAGGCCAGCGCGGCUUCCCCGGCGACGCUGGAUUACCAGGCCCCCCAGGCUUUCCUGGGCCUCCCGGUCCCCCAGGAACCCCAGGACAAAUAGUGUGUGACGACGACGUGAAGAGACCCAUUGGAGUCGAAGGACAGGUGGCCGUGCAGCCAGGCUGUGUUGCAGGGCCCAAGGGAUUGCCAGGCUCGCCAGGACCCCCAGGCCCAGCAGGUGCCAAAGGCCUCCAAGGGACACCCGGGUUCUCAGGAGCAGAUGGACCCCCAGGGCUCAAGGGGCUGCCUGGAGACCCUGGCCGUGAGGGGUACCCGGGACCCCCAGGGUUCGUGGGUCCCCGAGGCUCCAAAGGUGCCACGGGCCUGCCUGGACCAGAUGGACAGCCGGGUCCCGUCGGCCUGCCAGGGCCAGCAGGGGCCCCUGGGGACAGGGGCAUUCCUGGAGAAGUCCUGGGGGCCCAGCCGGGACCACGAGGAGAUGCUGGACUGCCCGGACACCCCGGACUAAAAGGCCUGCCUGGAGAGAGGGGUCCCCCUGGGUUCAGGGGAAGCCAGGGGAUGCCCGGGAUGCCAGGGCUCAAGGGACAGCUCGGCCUGCCCGGGCCUUCGGGCCAGCAGGGACGGCAGGGCCCUCCUGGAGAGCAUGGGUUCCCCGGAGCUAUUGGCCAGCCAGGACCCUUUGGGCGCCCAGGGACCCCAGGCCCUGAAGGUCUGCCUGGGGAGAGAGGAGAACCGGGUGACACUGGCGUGCCCGGGCCCGUGGGCAUGAAAGGUCUCGCUGGGGACCGAGGGGACGCCGGCUAUUCUGGCGAGCGAGGCCAGCCUGGAAGCCCUGGAUUUAAAGGAAUGGUUGGCAUGCCUGGCAUCCCCGGGCCAAAAGGGGAGAGGGGCUCGCCAGGGAUGGAUGGCUUCCAAGGUAUGCUGGGGCUCAAAGGCAGACCCGGGCUGCCAGGCGUCAAAGGCGAGACGGGAUUUUUUGGAAGAACUGGGGAGAAGGGCCCAGCUGGAGAGCCAGGUGACAAAGGCAGCCGAGGGGACCCCGGCCCCCCAGGACCCCCUCCCAUCAUCCUGCCAGGAAUGAAAGAUAUCAAAGGGGAGAAAGGAGACGAAGGACCCAUGGGACUCAAAGGGUACCUGGGCUUGAAAGGUAUCCAAGGAAUGCCGGGGGUCCCUGGACUCGCAGGCAUCCCGGGGCUGCCCGGGAGACCCGGCCACAUCAAGGGAGUCAAGGGUGACAUCGGCGUCCCCGGCAUACCCGGCUUGCCAGGGUUCCCAGGGGUGGCUGGUCCCCCUGGCAUCAUCGGAUUCCCAGGAUUCACAGGAAGUCGGGGCGACAAGGGGGCCCCAGGAAGAGCAGGUCUGUACGGCGAGGUGGGCCAGACUGGAGACCUGGGUGAUGUGGGGGACACAAUAGACUUGCCAGGAAACCCCGGCCUGAAGGGUGAACAGGGCACGGCCGGAGUACCAGGUGUAAAGGGAUUCUUCGGAGAGAAGGGAGCAGAAGGCGAAGUCGGCUUCCCCGGGAUCACAGGCCUGACCGGUGCCCAAGGGCCACCCGGCCUCAAAGGCCAGACAGGCUUCCCGGGACUCACGGGGCUCCAGGGCCCACAGGGCGACCCAGGCCAGAUCGGACGGCCCGGCGACAAGGGAGACCAAGGCUGGCCAGGGAGACCAGGCUUACCAGGUUUCCCGGGGCUUCGAGGGAUCGGGGGACUGCACGGCUUGCCCGGCACCAAGGGCCUCCAGGGCUCCCCAGGUGCCGACAUCCAUGGAGAUCCUGGGUUCCCAGGCCCCACCGGAGACAGGGGAGACCCCGGAGAGCCCAACACACUCCCAGGCCCUGUGGGAGUCCCCGGACACAAAGGGGAGCAGGGAGUGCCAGGGGAGCGAGGCCCAGCCGGGAGCCCAGGGCUGCAGGGCUUCCCUGGGAUCACACCGCCCUCCAACAUCUCGGGGCUGCCUGGCGACAAGGGCGCAGCAGGAAUAUUCGGCCCACAAGGGUACCCAGGCUUACCAGGCCCACCUGGGCCUGCCGCUCUUCCCGGAAGCAAAGGAGAGGACGGCAGUCCAGGAAGUGCAGGAAUUCCCGGGAGCAAGGGCUGGGUUGGCGACCCGGGGCUCCAGGGCCUGCCUGGCGUGUUCGGCCUCCCGGGGGAGAAAGGACCCAGGGGAGAGCAGGGAUUCAUGGGUAACACUGGAGCCACGGGAGCCGCUGGUGACCGAGGCCCCAAGGGCCCUAAGGGCGACCAGGGAUUCCCCGGUGCCCCUGGCCCUGUGGGGUCCCCUGGCAUUGUGGGACUCCCCCAGAGAGUUGCUGUCCAGCACGGGCCCGUGGGCCCCCAGGGGAGGAGAGGUCCUCCUGGGGCCCAGGGUGAGAUGGGGCCCCAAGGACCUCCUGGAGAACCAGGUCUCCGAGGGGCUCCAGGGAAGGCCGGGCCCCAAGGCAGAGGCGGUGUGUCUGCUGUGCCAGGCAUCCGGGGCGACCAGGGGCCAAUGGGGCACCCGGGGCCUGUUGGCCAAGAAGGGGAGCCCGGCCGACCAGGGAGCCCCGGGCUGCCAGGCAUGCCUGGCCGCAGUGUCAGCAUCGGCUACCUGCUGGUGAAGCACAGCCAGACGGACCAGGAACCCAUGUGCCCCACGGGCAUGAAUAAGCUGUGGAGCGGCUACAGCCUGCUGUACUUCGAGGGUCAGGAGAAGGCGCACAACCAGGACCUGGGGCUGGCAGGCUCCUGCUUGGCACGCUUCAGCACCAUGCCCUUCCUCUACUGUAACCCCGGAGACAUCUGCUACUACGCCAGCCGCAAUGACAAGUCCUACUGGCUGUCCACCACGGCACCACUGCCCAUGAUGCCCGUGGCCGAGGAGGAAAUCAGGCCCUACAUCAGCCGCUGCUCCGUGUGCGAGGCCCCCGCCGUGGCCAUCGCCGUGCACAGCCAGGACGUGUCCAUCCCCCACUGCCCAGCCGGCUGGCGUAGCCUGUGGAUUGGCUACUCCUUCCUCAUGCACACCGCAGCUGGAGAUGAGGGUGGCGGCCAGUCGCUAGUGUCACCGGGCAGCUGUCUGGAGGACUUCCGGGCCACGCCCUUCAUCGAGUGCAACGGCGGCCGCGGCACCUGCCACUACUAUGCCAACAAGUACAGCUUCUGGCUCACCACCAUCCCUGAGCGCAGCUUCCAGGGCUCCCCCUCGGCCGACACGCUCAAGGCCGGCCUCAUCCGGACGCACAUCAGCCGCUGCCAGGUGUGCAUGAAGAACCUGUGA